UUCGCACGCUGCGUCGCAGGAGCCAGCUGGGCAGACAGGUCUGGGCGUGCCUCCGCUGCCGGGAUCGCUGCAAGGGCUACCGUUGACGAGCACGUCUGGUGUUCAUGGGUACUUGGAAGCAACUCUUAGGCAUCAACCAUUGCUUGGGACUGCAGGCUACCCCACAGGGGUCCCUCCGGCUUCCUUCCCAUGGGGGCAGGUGCCCAUGUCGCUGCUCCCCGCUGGCCUUCCGGCCGGCGUGGCCAGGGCCGCGGCUCGCGAAGACGUGUCCUUAGCCAGAAGUCCUGAUAGAGGAGCUAUCGGCAGACUGCCACCGUCCGCUCCGACCCCUUGUACGGCAGCGCCUGAGCCGAAGGCACUUGCUCGGGCUGCUGUGACAGUGCACUCCGUGCCGGAAGGGACCCGAGGUGCCGGUGCCGCAAAAGCGGAGGAAGUGGAGAGGAAGCCGAGGAGUGCCUUCAAGCUCUCGCAGCUGGAGGAGAUGUUCAAAAGCAGCGCCUACAUCAACAACGUUUACUGCAUCGCCAAGGACCAGGCGGGUUGCAGGAUGCUGCAGCACAAGCUCGAUGAGGGCGGUCCUGACGUGUUCGCGGCAGUCUUCAGUGAGGUUGUGACACAUGCAGUUGAGCUCAUGAUGGAUCCCUUCGGGAACUACCUCUGCCAGAAGCUCAUGGAGAUGUCCAGCGCGCGACAGCUCGAGGUUUUGGUAGACAAGACCUAUGGCAGCCUUGUGAACAUCUCUUUGAACAUGCACGGAGCUAGAGCCGUGCAGAAGCUGAUCGACGUGGUCCGAAUGGUGCCUGUCUGCAUGACGCGGCUCGUGGGGGCCCUGGAGUUCGCCGUCGUCACGCUCACGAAGGACCCGAAUGGGAAUCACGUGGUACAAAGAUGCCUCGAGUCCCUCCCGAGCGAUGCCCACGGCUUCAUCUUCAGGGCAGUGGCGAAAGACAUCGAAGACGUGGCUUCGCACCGGCACGGCUGCAGGAUUGUUCAAAGAUGCAUCGAUGCUGCGAAGGGCAGCGAUCGAACAAUGUUGAUAGGCGCCAUAUGCAGAGCUUCUUUGACAUUGAUCCAGGAUCCCUUCGGCAACUACGUGGUACAGUACGUGCUAGGCCUCCAAGAUCCACAGGCCAGCUCCUUGAUCGUGACUGCCAUGACGGGGCGGCUGAAUGUGCUCUCGCGGCAGAAGUUCAGCUCCAACGUGGUGGAACGGUGCCUCCAGCUCGCCAGUCCCGAGGACAGGGCGCGGAUGAUCACCGAGCUGGCGGAUCCUCGAGGCCUAGGCGACCUUCUUCGAGACAUCUACGGGAACUACGUUGUUCAAAGCGCUUUGAACAUCGCCGUGGAGCCUCAGAUAUCAGCUGUUCUAGCUGCCGUUCGGCCUUUGCUGCCGUCGCUCCGCUCCAGUGGCCAGGGGAGGCGCAUUGCACAGAAGCUGGAGAAGAAGUUCCCACAACUUCGGGAGCGAGGCCCCAACAGUGAGGGACCCAGCCGCACAGGUCUGGCUGCGAUCCCCCAGGCUGCAGGCGGUGCAGGUGGAGGAGGUGUUGCAGCGCCUUGGCCGCCUGCCGCCCAAGGCGGUCUGGACGCGCCAGGCUUCGUCUUCGUUUGUAGCGGUGGAGGUGCGUACCUGGUACCCGGCGCCGUUACGCCUGGCAUCCUGAAUGCGGCCGGGCUAGGUUUGGACCACUUUAGCGAAGUCUGCGGGUUGCCAGCUUUCAAAGUUGGCCGGGUUGCGCUGUAUUACUACACGGGCUGGGACCAGUGUCAGCUGCACGGAUGUCCCAAAGGAGAGUCCACUUGGCGGGAUUUUCCAUUCAAGGACGUGCCAGGCAAGCCCUCUGUGAAGCAGCUGCAGAUUGAGGCCGAUGGCAUAGAGUUCGUCAUUUGCGACUUGAAGAAGCAAAGCUGGGACAAUCCCCCCGACUGGUAUGGCAAGAAGAACUACUUGAUUGCUGAGUCCGGCCAAUACUCCUUGAGGCAUGGACACCUCAGGAGGAUCCGGGAGAGCAAGGUGAUGGUGGUGACGGACUUGGACCAUACGCUUGUUGGUCAUGAGCGGGAUCCAGAGAACAAGCUUUUGGAGGAGUUCAGGAACCUGUGGCUGGGCGAAUAUGCGUUGAACGGUUCAGCCCUGGCCUACUCCACGGGUCGGAGCAAGAGCAUGGCUCUCGAUGUGGCGCAAGAGCGCCAACUGAUACGACCCGAUCUUUUGAUAUGCGGUGUUGGAACAGAGGUGUACACGGUCCCAUCCCGUCUGCCCAUCCUUGGCUGGUGGGAGGAACGUGACAGCCUGGAGCUGAUGCCUGAGUGGAAGAGCAAGAUGCUCAAUGGCUUCAAUCGUGCCACUGUCGAGGAGCUAUUAACCUCGCGGUUCCAAAAGUUCGAGCUGCGGGGCACUCCGGUGGACGAUCCAUACCGCAUACCGACGGCCUACCAGAUGGACGAGGCCUUCGAUGACUCGAAGAAGCUGCUGCAAGAAGCCCUCGGCUCCAGCUACCAGGUGAUCUCCUCCGGGCACGGCGAGUGGAAGCUCAUCGACAUCUGUUCCGCCGAG